AUGUAUCUGCCAAUAUGCAGCGUUGCCCUUCUUUUUGCAACACCUAGCUUGGCAUACGUUCCUGAAUCAACGUUCAAGACUGAUUUGCUUGCCACGGGAAGUCUCCUAAAGCUGGCAGUAGCUGCAGCCAACGGCAGCUUGAAGAAUUAUCUUGCCACAGAAGGAGUCGACCAAAUAUGUGGUGUUUCACACUCGAGCAUGAGAAGAGAAUGCAGCUUUUUUAACGAAAGCCAGACCUCACUUCUGUCCGAAGAUGAAAGGCUCAAAUACACGAGCGCAAUAAAAUGCCUCAUGGCCUUGCCAUCCAAGCUGCCCGUUGGUUUCGCGCCAGGUGCAAAAUCCUGCUACGGGGAUUUUGUAAAUACCCACGUCAACCAAACUCGCAACAUACACUUUGACGAUUGGUUCUUCCCGUGGCACCGAGCGUACAUUUGGAGCUUUGAGACAGCUCUACUUGAUGAAUGUGGCUACGAGAUCAGGGCUACCUCCCGUACUGGAACUGGGGCAAGUCUGCACAGGACCCUAUCAACUCCCCUUACAUGGAUGGCGGCGACAAUUCACGAGGAGGUAAUGGUGUUUGGUCUCUUCAUAAUUGCACCAAGCCUGGGGGAGCCUAAGCAGCGUACUGCAUCCCGGUUACCGAAGGGCAAGGUGGCGGCUGUGGAGAAACUGGAACUUAUGUUGGAAUUAUGGCCAAUAUCCCCGCUACCACGCCAACGUUAAAUGCGACUGAUGCGCCCGUCGCUGGAGAGUUUUCGGGUUAUGACCCUCGAUAUAUUCGACGAGACAUCUCCUCGGACGUUACUAAGCAGUGGUCGACUGAUCACGAGGUGUACGAUCCGAAUCCACUCUACUAGACAGGCAUUGGAGCGUUCCAAGACAGGCUGAAGGGCCGUAACUUGUCGUCGGGUUACCUUGGUCUCCAUGGAGCGGGUCACUACACAUUCGGUGGUGACCCGGGUGGUGAUGUAAAUACUUUACUCCCCCAAUGGAGACGGAUCUCUUGUGACAAAUGCUGACAUCCGAAACUGGUCUUCAAC